UUUAGAAAAAUAAAACUACCAAUGCCCAACGGUUUGAGUAAAGAAUGAUUACUUUUUUACAAUUUUAAGUCAACACUUUCUAUUUUAGACUUUUAUCUUCUGAAAUGUUACGUGGACUUCAUUGUUUACGACAAAGGUGUAGGAUUAAUUUACUGUUGACAGCAUGUAGAAAUAUGUCGUCAAAAACUUUUACUUUGGAUUAUGUAGGUUGUUUUGGCUCUUUGAUUGUAAAAUGUCCGCAUGAUUUUGCAUCCAUUGAAACUAUUGAUCCACACAACGUACCAAAUGGCGAUAAAGCUUAUGUUAAUAUUGAAUCACCAGAUGAUAGUGUUGAUGUAUCUAAAUAUUGCAAUGUUGAGUAUGAAAAGGGGAAGUCAAUAAUAAAAAUUUCUUCUCAGAACAAGCAUAUUAUAAUUGAAAAGAAUCAUGAGGUAAAAAUAAAUAUUAAGAUUCCACACAAUUACUCAAUAGAUGCUGAGGCAUUAGAAAUUGAUUUAACUGAAAAUGAAGGGGAGGAUGUCAAACUUUUAUCUUACGGAAAUUGUUUUGUUGGAAAAAUAAAAUCUACAAAUACUUUUAUCAAAGCAUAUGGACAUUUCAAAUGUAAAGAAUUUCAAGGUAAUGGUUUGAUUUCAGCUGAUAGAGAUAUAAAUAUUAGAAAGAUACAAAGCAACGAUGUUUUUCUCAGAAGUAAACAAGAGGUUGAUAUUUCUGCUGUUUAUUCACAAAGUUUUGAUUGCGAGACAAACACUGGUAAUAUCAGUAUUGGAAGUUUGCAUGGAGUUUCAAAGUUAACAUCUGAUUCUGGAUUAAUAAAUGUUGAUUCAUUGUCAGGAGAUUUAGAAAUAAGCACAAAAUCUGGAGGCAUAAAUGUGUCUAUUGAAAAUACAAAUAAAUCAGACAUUUCAUCUGUAACGGCCGAUAUUCAUGUUGGUUUUGGUGAUAAUGUGUCUGCUUGUAUUGAUGCAGAAGCAGGAUUUAUUGAUGUUCCAGCAGAUUUUUUGACUGAUGGUGUGAAGAGAAAGGUAUCAAAUGGACGUGAAUAUUUUGAAGGAAAGCUUGGAGAUGGAAAAUCUUCUGUUUUAGUUAACUCAGAAAAUGGAUUGAUAGCUUUUUCACGAAAAAAUUGGAUUUCUAAGUUUGGAAAGUUAGAAGAUUAAAAAUCUAAAUUUGGAAAGUUGGAUGGUUAGAAAAUAUUAUAUUAAACAUGCAAAACUUUGCAUUUGUGAUUUGUUAAUUUACUUUAUAAAUUCAUAGGAUUGUUGUUUUUUUUUGUUUGUUUAUUAGUUCUAAAUUAAAAAGGGAAAACUCAA